UACAAUAAUCUGGUAAUUUCCGGUAGAAUCCGCGGCAAAUUUUUUAACACUAAAUUUAUUGUUAUUGAUCUGUCGGUAUCAUUUAAAACCAAAAGUCAUGUCAGAAACACAAGAAAUGGAGAUAGAAGAGUCGGUUCCCCAGAAACCUACUCCAAAAACUACAUAUGAAAUGCCUUGGGUUGAAAAAUACAGACCAGUCAAAUUACACAGCAUUGUUGGUAAUGAUGAAACCAUUAGCAGACUAGAAGUAUUUGCUAGAGAGGGAAAUGUCCCAAACAUAAUAAUAGCGGGUCCUCCUGGAACUGGAAAAACAACAAGUAUUCUUUGUUUAGCCAGAGCUCUUUUGGGAACCUCAUUCAGAGAUGCAGUACUUGAACUAAAUGCAUCUAAUGAAAGAGGAAUUGAUGUGGUGAGAAACAAAAUAAAAAUGUUUGCCCAACAGAAAGUAACAUUGCCUAAAGGUCGACACAAAAUAGUUAUUCUGGAUGAGGCAGACAGUAUGACAGAUGGUGCCCAGCAAGCUUUAAGAAGAACGAUGGAAAUUUACUCAAAAACAACCAGAUUUGCCUUAGCUUGCAAUGCUUCAGAUAAAAUAAUAGAACCUAUUCAGUCCAGAUGUGCAGUUCUCAGAUAUUCCAAACUGACAGACCAACAGGUACUAAAGAGAUUAUUAGAAGUGUGUGAAGAAGAAAAGGUCAGCUAUACUGAUGAUGGAUUGGAAGCUAUUGUGUUUACAGCACAGGGUGAUAUGAGACAGGCAUUAAACAAUUUGCAAUCAACAUUUCAAGGGUUUGGUCAUGUAAAUAGUGAAAAUGUUUUCAAGGUUUGUGAUGAACCCCAUCCUGUUCUUAUCAAAGACAUGUUACAACAUUGUGUCAAUGGUAAUAUAGAUGAAGCGUACAAAACAAUGGCACAUUUAUGGAGACUUGGCUAUUCUCCUGAAGAUAUCAUCACCAUUGUAUUCAGAGUCUGCAAGAAUCACAGUAUGCCAGAAUUUCUCAAAUUAGAAUUUAUAAAGGAAAUAGGUUAUACACAUAUGAGGAUUGCUGAAGGAGUAAAUUCAUUAUUACAAAUGGCUGCCAUGCUAGCUAGACUGUGUAAAAAAUCAGGAACGCCAUCACCUUUAAGUUGAAAGUGUUAGACUAAUCAUGGUAAUUGUCGUCACAUCUUGAAACUCAAAAAUACCAUCAGAUCUCAUUAUCAUUGUUAUCCUGUUGCUCUGUAUAACCUGAACAUUGAAUAAGACAAGAUGCAGAAUUGUCAGAACAAUCAAAGUACUGUUAGGCUUAUCUUUGUGAAUUUUUUUCGUGUUAUAGAAGGAUUCGCAUAAAGUGAUUUGUGAUAAAUAAAAUAUGUAAUACACAG